AUGACGCAGCGCGGGGAGGACCUCGUGGCGGAAAGCCCAGAGACGCAGCUGGGCACGCCGGGUCGCGUGUGGGCCGAUGAGAACUCGGAGCAGGGUCGAGAGGCUGCUGGGUCUGGGUCCGCGUUGGAGGGGGGUUUGGUGGGCUGUCUGAAGAGAAAUGGACUCGACCGGAGGAUUGACCAGCGGCUUCGAAAGGGCGGUUUGGGAGCCAGGGUCGACAGAUAG